UUGUAUUUGCAUAAUAACAAUUGAAUUAUGUAAAUUGUAAACAAAUGAUUAUUCACAACGAAUAGAAUUUUGCAUAAUUUCCAACUUUAAACUGCGAUAAACCUAAAAACGCACAUACAAUACAUAACAUGCUAUUUUUAGCAUAAAUAAUUACAAUAUCUAAGCAAAAAAGUCCAAAAAUAAGUUAUUAUUUCUCAUGUUUGUAUUGCGCAUGCGCCCGCGCCAAACAACAUGACCACCACGCUUGGUAUGUAAACAACACCGCAACAACACAAGAGAGACAGGUAGUCGUAGUUGGGUUGCACAUGUAUGCGUGUGUAGUUGGUGAUGUGACGCAUACCUGUUCGCUUCUUCUACAAAACAUUUUUAUUUCGUUUGUUUCGUCUACAUAUCGCCCCAAUGAAUUAACUACUCAAAGUUCAUUAUGAGGUGGCUGCUUAUCAGUUUAUGUGCCUUAGUGGUGCAUGCACAACAAAGAAUCUAUCCCAAUGAGUAUGAGUACAGAGAUAAUAGAAACAAUAACUUCAACAACCCCAACAACUACGAUGUGAAUUUCCGCAAUCGGGAUCCAUUCAGGGAUGAUUUUAACAGGGACUAUGAUCCCAGAGGUGGUUAUGGGAACAAUUAUGAUGAUUACAAUCUGUUUGGAGGGUAUAAUAGAGGAUAUGAUCCUUAUUAUGAGCAACUGAGGUGUCCACAGUAUUGGAUUAGGUUUAGACAGUCUUGUUAUAGAUUUAUCAAGUCACCUUUGAGGCCUUACAAUGAUGCAGGGAGACUUUGUCAGACUUAUAGUCCUGAGCCUGGUGCAUCUGAUUUGCUCUCUAUCAAUGAUCCAGAUGAGCAUGGGUUUAUUAUUCAUCAACUUGACUGGCAAGAUCCGCAGCAUCGUCGCUGGUAUGUUGGUGCACGCCAACAAUCACCAAAUUACUGGCUGAAUCCGGAUGGUUCACAAUUAUUGAACAUGGAUAAUGCUUUUCUUCCCUGGGGUGAUUUUGACCUCUAUAAUCGCGAUUUUCUUGCUUAUAACUUCUCGAAAGAAUUGAUGCACUGGGGUUUUCAACCUGUACGUGGUGAUGAACCACUUUUAUUCAUCUGCGAAGCGAAAAUUGAAGCCAUGCAGAAACUUCUACAAGAUGAUCGCACUUAUACCUAUGGUUUAGAUAUUACUGAUCCAGAACGUAUUCCCAGGGGACCACACUUUAUCAAACAACCAGAGGAUACCAUCUUUGAUGUAUCCCGUAGGAAAAUCUACAAUCACGUGGCUUUGAGUUGUCUUGCUGGUGGAUAUCCAACACCUACUUAUGAAUGGUUCAGAGAAGAUUUUGAAAAUGAUCGUUUAGUCGCAAAGAAAAUCAAUCCUUUGGAUGAUGGACGCUUUACCAUUAGUGGUGGUAAUUUAUUAAUUGAUAGCCCGGAACAAAAGAAAGAUCGCGCAACAUAUCAUUGCAAAGCAAGCAAUAAAUUCGGCACAAUCAUAUCGGAAAGCGUACAGUUAAAUUUUGGUUUUAUUAAUGAAUUUGUCCUGAAGAGGUCACCGGAAUCAGGUGAUCAGAAUUGGGGUAAAGCUAUCUAUUGUGAUCCGCCGACGCAUUUCCCAAGUGUGCGGUAUUAUUGGUCCAGGGAUUAUUUCCCCAACUUCGUGGAGGAAGACAAACGUGUUUUCGUGUCCAACGAUGGAGCUUUGUAUUUCUCUGCGUUGGAGACAAUCGAUAGAGGGAAUUACAGUUGCAGUGUUCAGGCAGACUUCUCUGAUACAGGCAGGAAUGGACCAUUUUUCGCACUUAGAGUAAAUCCACACUCUAAUUAUCAACAGCUGAAGUUUCCAAAUAACUUCCCAAAAGCUUUCCCUGAGGCACCAAUUGCUGGUAAAGAAGUGCGACUGGAAUGCACUGCAUUUGGAUACCCCAUUCCAAGUUUCAACUGGACAAGACGAGGAGGUUCUCUUCCGAAAGGUUCAUACUUGACUAGCUUCGAUCGCGUGUUAAUCAUCCCUAAAGUAACCGUGGAAGAUGAGGGUGAAUACGUCUGUCGCGUGUACAACGAUCGUUCCUCCCUGGAAAACAGCGUAAUGCUAAAUAUUCAAGCCGAACCCAAUUUUACUAUUCCUCUAAUUGACAAACACAUCGAUAGUCGCGGAGAACUCGUCUGGACGUGUGAAGCAUUCGGUAUUCCCGAUGUAAAUUACACUUGGUGGAAAAAUGGCCGGCAGCUUGUUAUGGGUUAUUUGGAUCCGGACGAUCGUGGUCGUGUUAAGAUUCAGGAUAAUGUGUUGACGAUUUCUUACUUGGAUGAUGAAAGAGAUCCUGGUAUGUAUCAAUGCAGAGCAUCGAAUGCGUUGAAGACGAGGUAUUCGUCCGCGCAGUUACGGGUUUUGGCGUUUAAACCGUCAUUUAAGAAGAGUCCGCUUGAAGCUGAGACGUACGCAGCUGAACAAGGCAAUGUUACGAUUAUGUGUAACCCUGAGGCUGCACCACGGCCUAAAUUUGUUUGGAAAAAGAAUGGUUUAGUGAUAGGGCAUGGUGGUCACCGGAAAAUAUUAGAAAAUGGUAAUUUAGUGAUUACUUCUGUAUCCAGAGAUGAUGAAGGGUUGUAUACGUGCACGGCGAGUAAUGAAUUAGGCUUAGAUGAAUCCAGAGGACGGUUGAUUGUACUCAGAGGGCCUAGGAUUGUCGAACAAGUACGUCCGAGAAUUGUUACAUCAGUUGAGAGAAGUUUAUCGUUGUAUUGUCAAGCAGAGACUGAAGAAAUGUUGGAUAUUGCCUAUGUUUGGACGCACAAUGGAAUCAGAAUUAGGGAUAUCGACGUUAAAAACUCAUACAACCGAAUUCGAAUGGAUGGCGGGUAUUUAAGUAUAAGCAACACUACGUUUGCCGACGCAGGUGAAUACGAAUGCAUCGUGCGUUCUGCAGUCGGUAAGAUUAGUUCCAGAUCAAACGUAAUCAUCGAAGGUCCUCCUGGUCCACCUGGCGGUUUGCAAGUAAUCAACGUUCAGAAAACCUCCGCUACUCUUCAAUGGACCGACGGUGCGUCUCAUGGCCGUCCUGUUUUAAGUUACACAAUCUCCGGACGCACAAAUUGGAAUGACACGUGGUUUAACGUAACACAUGGGUUGUACGCACGUGAAAUCGAUCGGUAUACCGGUAGAAAAGAAGCUAUGUUAGAGAAUAUUCUUGUUCCGUGGGCUACUUAUGAAUUUAGGGUUGCGGCGUGGAAUGAAUUAGGUAUGGGAGUACCUUCUGCGCCCUCACCGAGACACUCCACACCUCCAAAUAGACCUUUUAUUCCUCCGCGUGAUGUUUCCGGUGGCGGUGGAAAGAUUGGUGAUUUGACUAUCACCUGGACGACGUUAAGGCCUGAAGAACAAAAUGGCCCCGGUAUACAUUACAAAAUCUUCUGGAAGCGUAAGGAUCACGAUUCGGAAUUCCAAAGUUUAUUGUUGAAAGAAUACGGAAAUACUGGAAUGGCGGUUGUGCACAUGUCUACUUUGGAACAUUAUUACACUCAGUAUAUUGUCAAAGUACAGGCUUUGAACGAUGUUGGGCCAGGGCCAAUUAGUAAGGAAGAAAUUGUGUACUCCGCGGAAGAUAUGCCGCAAGUUGCGCCACAAUUAGUUGUUGCUACUUCUUAUAACUCUACUGCACUGCGUAUUACUUGGAAUCCGAUUGAUCAAACCAGGGAGAAAGUUAGGGGUAAACUUAUUGGUCAUAGGAUUAAAUAUUGGCGUAAGGACAACCGCGAAGAAGAUUCCGUAUAUUAUCUUUCACGUACAACGAAUCCUUUCGCGUUGAUUGUUGGUCUUAUUCCUGAUACAUACUACUUUGUAAAAGUUAUGGCUUAUAAUGCUGCUGGAGAAGGACCUGAAAGCGAACGAUAUCUUGAACGUACUUAUAGGAAGGCUCCACAGAAACCUCCAUCUUCUGUUAAUGUUUACGGCGUUAAUCCUUCUACUAUUCGCGUUGUUUGGCGAUAUGUUCAACCUUCACCCGAGGAAGAACCUCUGCAAGGUUACAAGAUUCGUAUUUGGGAGAUUGAUCAAGAUAUGAGCACCGCCAAUGACACAAUCAUCCCCGUAGGGACGAAACUCGAAGCGUAUAUCAAUACUCUCUCGCCAGGGAAGACCUACCGCAUGCGAGUGCUUGCAUAUUCGAAUGGCGGCGACGGCCGCAUGAGUUCACCGGCGCUAACAUUCCAAAUGGGUGCGCCGGAAAAGUACAGAAGCGAUGCGAACUCAAUCUCGACGUCGCUCUUCACGAUUGCCUUAAUGUGUCUCACGUUGAAGAUGAUAAUCUGAUUAUUAUCACACACGCACACAUCCACACAAACUCAUUUCACGAGCUUUCUGUAAAAAAUAGUUAAGACUCUGUAGUUUAAUAUUUUACACUUCGACAAUUUUUGUUUUACGCGAGAGUUUUUUACUUUUAGUACCUGCAAAAUGGAUGACAAAGGUGGAAUCUUAUGUUUUUGUAAUACUGUUCAUUACUUGUGCUAUAUUUUUGCAACUGUCCAAGUUAUUUAGGUUUUUGAAUUUUUUUUUAACGCGUAAGUAAAUUAAUUCGUAAUAUGUCUAUUCCGUCCAAGAUGCAACAUAUUUUUGUUGGUAGCAUAUUUUUUACAAACUAGUUGCUACGAUAUGAAUGUAAUAGUAUUAUGAACAAGAAAUCUCUUUUUUAUAACUGAAUAAAUGUUUUAUUCCA